AUGUCACCCUCAGGAGGUGAUCCGUAUCGAUCGCCUCCGAUUAUUCGGAAGCGAACCGCAUUCCCACUGACCAUCAUAUUCCGGAAGCUGUUUGGGCUGCUCAUCACAAUUUUGGCAAUGUUCAUACUUGUUGCUGGAAUUCCUGUCUACCUCAUUCUAGAUCCUCCUUGUUUGAUACAAUGCUUAAUUCGGUGUUCCAACAAUCGUAAUUCACUAAAUUACAGUAAACUAGAGCUCUUCUGUUCAUUUAACAUUGAGUGCUGCACUCACCAAUGGCCGAUUUGCGGCACCAGUCCGGAUCUUGCGGGUAUGAUAUUUACGGGUACUGUAGAUUUGGAGACAAUUAAUAAAGAACUUCGGCGGGUCAUACUGGAUAGUGAAUCGAAUCUCUUUGUAGACUGUUCUAGUAAUGUAGCACCAAAUAUUGGAAAAUUAUGGGAUCAGAGUGCGUACCGUUUAACAGCGGACGACAAGCUGUUGGAGUUACUACUCCAACGAAACGUGCUACCUGUCGGUCAGAUGUCUGUUUCGUUAGUACCUGGGUUCGAGCACUCUCUCAAAGGUUUGGUGACGUCUUCGCUGCUGUUGACGUCAACAGCUGCCGAUUGCCCGUUUGUAUGCACACAGCGACUACUGUGUAUGUGUGUUAAUGAGAAGACGUCAUUUGAGAUAGGAUCUCACACUCCUGUCAAUGGAUUGCAGCAACACGUGUUUGGCAGGCUUCCACAAACAGCGAUUUGUAUGAGCUGUAAGGAGACGUUUGAGAGUGCUGGAACAUCGUUCUUCGUCGUCAAUGCUGAUGAAUGCAGUUCCGGAGAACACGAAUUCCGACACGAAAAGCCCGACACACUGGUUCGACCGGCUGUUCAUCGGCGAUCGUGGAUGACGGUAGAACACCCGGAGUUGUUAUUCCGAGCUGAGAAACUGCUCCGAGCCAACACAUGCGAACUACUCCUCUCGUUGGUCGCAGGCGCAUUAAGGAAUUAUUUUCGUGGACAGGGUAUUCUUCAUCCGCCUGACCUUGGCUGCGUGAUUCCAUUCUCGGCUCGUGAUUUGACGGCAGUAGGUGACUGUUGUGAAACGAAUUUAUUACCACUGGAGUUGCCGACGAGUGUCGAAGGGGCGAUUCCACGGCUUUGGGCCGUGCAGAAACGUGUCGCGAAAGUGGUCCGUGGUCCAAUGUCGGGAGCGAUCGCGGUCGCACGAGGCCUAGCCCGCCUCUGUCUGCCGGCUUCAGCGGCGAAAUGUGCACUUCGGGUUUUCUACAGGUCGCAUGGCGUCUAUUUCGCUUUUUAUCGGAUCAGUUCCGAUGCUCAUCUGCAAACGACGUUCGCCUUUCCGUCGUUGACCUCCUCACUUAGAGCGGCAUUCGUGUUCGUUCAGCACGGCAACAUCAUUGAUAUGAGCGUCUCGCUUUGCAGUAACACAUUUCCAGAUCUCGAACGAGUACUCUACAGCUUUCAGCGUGAAACUCGUCUCCUUCUCGAUCAUCUCUCGUUGCGUCUACUUUCACUUCCACAGAUUACCGUACUGCCUGGCCUAACGGCGUGUCUUGGACGUGAACGCACCGAAAACGAAAGCAACAAUGAAAGCUUCAUUCGCCACCAUAUAAAUCGAGAGUUCAUCGACGAUCAUGUGGAUGAGUACUCGCUCGAGGAGUUGUAUCGGCUUUUGGAUGUCGUACAAAGCGAUCUGGACAGUAUGCGAUCGAAUCCUGAAUCGAAUCGUCGCGGGCAUUAUAUUCAGCGUUUGACGAGUCUGGAAGAGAAGAUGCAGAAAUUCCAUGAGUGCAUCUCGCAAAAGUUGAGCGCUGAAACUAUUGGUUUGGCGUCAGGAGACGAUGAGGUUGGCGACGCUAUCGCCAACGUGCUUGCUCCCUAUCGCGAUGAACCAGGUCAGCCGUCAUAUUUAGAUCGCUUCCGAAGGAAAAAGGUAUCACAUUACCGAUAA